GUGUGGGCUUGAGAGAAAUAUGCCUGGUCUGAGUCUAAAUGUGCUGCAGACUUAAAAGCUUUCUGUACACAGAAUAGAUGCUGGGAACUCCUUUCAAAAGUUGCUUCUGCUAAUGAUUUAAAGCUACAUCCCUCUCUGUCAUCACACAGACAUGGACCUGUAUGGACAGAAAAUCUCUGGAUGCUGACUCUUCUGAAUUAGUACAGACUUGAGGUCCAAGUGUGACUUCCCUGGAGCAGCCUGAUUGGAAGGAAAGGCCUGGACUGGCUCCUCACCUCGCUCCUCCCAGCCAGAAAUGGUUAAUUGCCAGCUCCAGGCUUCUUCCAGCCCAGCCCUAAUCGGCCUGAUCGCAGGAAGCAGCAGCUCCAGGCCCGCCCAGGUGGUGGAGUGCCGGGGGCAUUCUGCCAAGGUAAUGAUUAAGCUGAGUGCCUGGCAAGGGCAUUAGGCAGCAGAGCUGAGAAGGUGAGUCCUGUUCACACCUUGACCAGGCUAUGGUGGCUAGGGCUGGUUAGAAGCUAGGGCCCCAAGGAGCGGGCACCAGUAACUGGCAGCCCCAGCCUCCUGCUAUACACAGGCGUCUGGGAGCAUCGCAGGCCAGAGGAGCCUCUGCUGCCUGCCUCCCUGGGGACCCUGCCCUCGUCCCCAGCACCAUGAAACUGCAGGUGUUCUGGACCGGACUGGAGUAUACCUGCCGGCUCCUAGGCAUUGCCACUGCAGCAGUGUUGAUCGGCGUGGGGACUGAGACAUAUCUCCAGGGGCAGUUCAAAAGCCUGGCUUUCUAUCUGCUGUUUAUAGGAGUCGCCGUCUCCAUGUGUGAAGGAGCCUACUUUGUGGCUCACCUGUUGACCUUUUGCUUCCAGUGUCAGCCAGGUUCUCUGGUCCACAGAGCAAAGGAAAGGGCUCAAUGGCUGGGCUGUUUCCAGAAGUUCCUGGCCUACAUGCUGCUGUCUGUGGCCUGCUUCCUCCAUCCUGUCCUGGUCUGGCACGUGACCAUCCCAGGCUCUAUGCUCAUCAUCACAGGCCUGGCCUACUUCCUGCUAAGCAAACGGAAGAAAAGCAAGGCUGCCCCAGAGGCUUUGGAUCCCUCAGAACAGUACACUGAUCCUUCCAGCAGUGCCGUGAGCACCACUGGCUCUGGGGACACUGAGCAAACCUACACCUUCAAUGGGGCCCUCAGGGAGGGCCCAAGUUCUCUCUUUACCCACAUGAAGAGCAUCCUGAAGAGGAACAAGAAGCCCAGUGCCCUCCAACAUCCAGACACCCUGACUGAACUGGCUCUGCAGCCAGCAGAUGUACUGGCCAAGAAGAAACAGGUGCACUUCGAAGACAGAGUGGUCAGAAUUGUCCCAUCCCUCAUCGAAGGCCUAGAUGAUGACGACAGUGAGCCAGAGGAGACCACCUCUGACACCACCCCCAUCAUUCCUCCUCCCCCAACUCCACUCUUUCUGUCUUCUCUCGCAGGCACUGGCCUCUUUUGAGUGGCUUAUUCCAGCAUUGAGACUCCACAGAUCAGAGGAAAUUGCUGAGUUUUUUGAUGUGCCAGGGCUUUCCAUGAGCCUCUUAUGUCAAGUUUUCAAAGGGGUAGGUGGGGGCUCUACAUCAAGUGAUGUGACAGUUCUCACAAAGGCUUUGGAGAGCAGUACAAGUGAUGUUCACACCAUCUUAAAACCAGCAUAGGUUCCUCUUUCCUGGACCCUGAGUGAGGAAUUCAUUGCACCUUCCCCCAGCAAGACUAUGAUCCCCCACUUUGCACAAGGCUGCCUCAAUCCAAAGAUUUCUCUUGCCCCAGAAGUAAGGCCCAGCUGUCAGUAAGGACUCUGUUUGGUCCAUUUCAUCUCUGAAAUAUUCCAGCCUUGAAGGCUCAGGAAUGAAUUAACUUGAUCGUUAAGUGGGGGAGGAGGGCUCAAAAUGAACAUGGAUCCUAAGCCCUAGCAAAGCUUGCUCAGGAUGGACUGGCAAGAUAAAGUUGUACUCCCUCACUGGUUGGGGUGGGGUAGCACUCAGCAGUGGGCCACAUUCUCUGCAUAUUCUGAGGCUGGCAUUAGGCAGCAGGAAUCAGAGCCACUCAGGGAACAAUACCACUCUGUGCUCCCUGCAGGGGAAGCCAGCCUAGAUGGGCAAUGAUGCUCAUUCCAGAAGCACUGCUGAGACGCCCUGCAUCCCCAACAUAUGGCCUUUUUCAGGAUUCCAAGUCAAUGACCUAAGCUUAAAAUCCUGAAAGCGACAACAAUCUUAAGGGUCAAUGACAUUACAAAGGACACAGUGCCUACUGUGUGCAAGGACCUCAGAGACUGUGCCCUGGGGACUCACAGCACAGACAAGUGAUUCUGUCACAUGUAGGUGCCUGGGAGCAGAAGCAGUGACAAACAUGUUUGUCCAAAAUGAAAAGAGAGAGAGUGGGAGGAGGUAGAGUGAAGGGAUGGGUACAUUAGCUCUCUCUCAAGGGAGUGUGCACAUGUGACAGUUGACCCAGAAUGAACCAAGAAGUUUGAAUCAGACAUUCCUUAGUUAAGGGAUUUUUUUUUUUUAAAUCAGAUCACUACUCAGCUCUGGCUUAUGGUGAUACAGGGGAUUGAAUUUAGUUAAUGAAUUUGUAACACAGUUUUUGUUUCAAAUAAGGAGGACCAAGAUGUCUAUGGGUCUUUGACUCAUAGAGCUGUUGUAAGGAAGAGCAGACAAUCUCAGUUGAUGAGAGACUUUUUACAAGAAAUAGUUGCAUUGCUUCCCAGUCAGUGCGUUUGAAAACACCAGGGUUCUAUGGAGCAAGCGACACAUCCACCACUCCUGAUAGUCACGUUUUUUAAUUUUUUCUUUUACUUUCUUUCUUUUUUCUUUUCUUUCUUUCUUUCUUUCUUUUUCUUUUUCUUUUUUUUUUUUUUUUUUUUUUGCAUUUCUUUGAUAGGACAGAGAAAAAUUGAGAAAGGAAAGAGAAAAAGACAGGCAUCUGGAGCACUGCUUCCACUACUUGUGAAGCUUCCCCAGGUGGAGACUGGAGGCUUGAACCCAGAUAUUGCACAUGUUGACAUGAGCAAUCAACUGGGUAUGCCACUGCUCACUGCCUAGUCUUCAAGAAGCAUAUGCUUUAAAGUAUGGUGUAGGAGUAUACAAGUGUAUUGUUUUUUCCCAUGGCUACUUUUCCAAUAUCCCCUACUGGAAGAACAGCCUAUCAGAAGCUAGAUCAUUUUAGUUCCUCAAUGUGAUAGACAUUCAAAGUAAGCAGACAUCCUCCUACAAUACUCCAGUUCUUAAAAACAAAUGAGAAACACAUAUAAGCACAUUUUCAUAAACUUUUCAUGGUUGAAAUGAUUUUUCAUUUUCCAUACAGGAAGGGCCACAGAGUCUGAUAUUCUACAACUGUAGAGAGAAAGUAAUAAUAGGAAAUGUGGAGUAAGUGGGGAUUCUACCCAAUACUAAGUGAAUCAGAUGUCCUGGAAUGGCCCCUGUGCACAGAAAGAGCAUUAAAGUGGAGGGACCAAGGAUUCUGUGCUUGUCCUGUCAAGAAGGCAGAUAUGACAGAAAUAGAUAUCCUCACUUACUGGAGCAAACAGCUGGUGGAUGCCAACAUCUAAAGAAGCAAACUUAAAAGUGCAAAGUCAGAGCUCUCAGGCUCUACUGAAUAAGCACUUUUGUAGAACCAAGUGCUGGAACAUUGUUUGAGAUGUGGUUUUAUUUGUUUGUCUGUUUCCUUUUCCAUCAUGGUUAUCACUGGGGCUCAGUUCCAGCACUACAAAUCCACCAUUUCCAAUAGCGAUUUUUUCUUUCUUCUUUUUUCUUUUAUUUGCUAAGACAGUGAGAAAUUGAAAAGGGAGGAGUGAUAAAGAGGGAGAGAGCAAGAUGUGUUUCACAGCUCAUGAAGGAUCCCGCCCUGCUGGUGGGGAGCGGGGGCUUGAGCCCGGUUCCUUGCUCAUGGUAAAAUGGGGAUGUGUCUUAAGGUUGAGUUGCACCUGAAGCUCCAGAUGAUAAACAAUGUGCCAAUGUUACCAAGAUAUCUAGACUUCCUGGUUGCUUCUUCACUUUAUCAGUAACAGGAGAGUCUGCUGGGUAAGAACCACUGGAGACUGUGAUGAUUAUGAUCUUAUCUGGGGGAGCAAAGUAAAACUAUCAAAUGCUCUCAUUGCUGGAAGAAAGUGGGAUAGAUCAUUAGAUAAGAGUCUUCAGCUAUGUCAGCAGACCAGGCAAGAAAGCAGUGCCUCUUCAUAAGCAAAUGAAUACCAUGGUAUCUCUACAUGAUUUUCAGCCUGAAACAUUCUACAAUCACAUCACUGUGCUUAGCUUUUCCUGCAGAGCUGCUACUGUAGUCUUUAUCAUUGUUGAAAAACAAAGACUGGACAGUCUGAUUCUCUUGUACCCUGUCUGAGUUAAAACAAACAAACACAAAACUAAGUAUUUUUUUUAAGUGUUGCCUGGAGAAAUUAAAAAACAGAAAGGGAAUAAGACUUGGGGUUAUUUGUACAACUGACAUGCUGAUUGAUGUUGGCCACUCUUCACCACCACUCUCGUCGCGCGUUCUCCUAUUAAAUGGAAAGAACAGUAAUUCCAGUAAUUCUUUCAUAGUUGGUUCAAUAACUUACUUAAGAAAGAUGGGGGAAGUGCUUUUCACCUUGCACACCACCCAGGUCAGAGUGUAUGUUCCCAUUUCUAUAAUGGGUGUCAUCAUGAUGAAGCUCCCAAAAUUAGGAAGCACUUGAAGCAACACCACAAAAUGUAGUCUCUGAGGCCAGACUAACACAGGUUCAAGAGUCCAUUUCCCAUUUCCAGGUUCUAGUUCAUGAGUCUGGAGAAGAUGCAACCACCAUCUUCCUUCUUAGAGUCACAAGAGAUCCCCAGUCAGGAGGAGAAACACCCUGAGGCCACCCAGUCUGUCCUUUCUUUUCCUUAAGUCCUAAGUGUUUAAGUUUUCAUGUAUGUUUAUUAAUACAUAUCUCACAUGCCAUAAAAUUCAAUUUAUGGUGUACAAUUAAGUGGGGUUUGGUAUAUUGAUUAUCCAAGUUCAUAAUAUUUUCAUAAACAAUACUAGCUACCCAUGGCCAGUUGCCCCACACACCCUCUACAUCUAUUAACCUAUUUUUCUGUCUUUCUGAGUUCUCUGUUAUGGACAAUUCAUAAAAAUGAAUUAUGUUAUCUGAAGUCUUUGUGACUCAUUUUGUUCAGCUAGGUAUAACAUUUUCAAAGUUUAUCUCGGUAUUACAACAUGUGAUUUUCCUGCACUCCUUUACAUGGCUGAAUAAUAUUUCAUUAUACAGAUAUAUAAUAUGGUGUUUGUUUACUCAUCUGUUAAUAGACAUUUGGCUUCUUUCCACUUUGUGACUGUUGUUAAUACUACUCAGUGAAUAUUCAUGUACAAGUUCAAGGGAUGGCCUAUUUUCAUUGUUUAAUUUUUAUUACCUUUAUUUAUUUAUUGAAUGCAAACAGUCAGAAAUUGAGAACAAAGGGGAAGAAAGAGAGGAAGAGAAAUGGAGAGACACCUGCAGCACUGCUCCACAACUCACAAAGCUUUCCCCCAGGUGGGUGGGGACUAGGGGCUCAAACCCAAGUCUUUGCAUAUUGUAACAUGUGUACCACCAGUGGGCCCCCUGACAUAUUUUCCUUUUCCUUAGGUAUAUAAGCCUGCAAUAUAUAUUAGGUAUAUAUAUAUAUUAGGUAUAUUUGCUACAUCAAAUGUUUGACUUCUUGAGAAACUGCUAGUGUUUUUCAAAGUGACUACCCAUAUUCUCCCCAACAAUGUAUGAGAAGUCUGGUUUCUCUGCACCCUCAAAAGCACUCAUUAUAUUUUUGAAUGUUGUCAUCUACUCAUCAGACUUUUAAUGUCUUGCUAUGACUGAUCAUGUGGAGCCUUUUUAAAUUUUUUUUUUACUUAUAAAAAGGAAACACUGGCAUAAGAAUGGUACAACUCCACACAAUUCCCACCACCAGAACUUCAUAUUGAAUUCCCUCCCCUGAUAGCUUUCCUAUUCUUUAUCCCUCUGGAAGUAUGGAUCCAGGGUCAUUGUGGGAUGCAGAAGGUGGGAGGUCUGACUUCUGUAAUUACUUCCCCGCUGAACCUGUGUUGACAGGUCAAUUAAUACUCCCAGCCUGUCUCUCUUUUUCCCUAGUGGGGCUUUUGAUCAUUGUCUAAUCUUAUUUUGAUAAGUGUAUAUGUGAAUGCUUUGGCAGGUUUAUUUUUUAUUGACUCGCCUGACUUUUUAUUUUUAGUUGUAGUAUGAUGCCCUUGCCUUCUAUGAAAUUUGCAAAUAAUUUCCUCCCAUUAUAUGGGCUAACUUUUUCAUUUCUUGAUUACUUCUUUUGAAGCAUAAAUAUUCUUUGUUGUUGAAGUAUAAUUUAUCUUAUUGCUUAUUCUCGUAAUCAAAUCUCAGAGGCGUUUGUCAAGUCAACCAUGCUAGACACUGACUGCAGAAUUCGUAUUCAUCUUAAAGGUGAAAUUGUUCACUCUUUGCCAACUUUCCCCUUUUUCUCUCUCACUCCUCAGCCCAUGGAGACUACUUUUUUUACUCCUUUCACUCUCUGUUCACAUGUUCAACUUAAAAAAAAAAGAACUAUGUAUAAGUAAGAGUGCACAGUUUGUUUGUUUGUUUGUUUGUUUGUUUUUAGAUAGUGCCAUACAGAGAGAAGAUAAAAUAGACUAAAGCACCAAAGUUUCCUUCCAUGAGGUAAAGACUCAAACCUGAGUCAGGCACAUGGCAAAGCAGCAUAGUAUCCAAGUGAACUAUUUUCUCAGUCAGUUUUUGUUUCUCUUACUUAUUCUCCUCAGUAUAGUGUCCACAAAGUCUAUCUAUGUUAUCUCCGAUAGCAGGACUUCUUUCUUUUAACAUAUUACACACACACACACACACACACACACACACACACACACACCACACACGAAAUACAUGUCACAUUGUCUCUAUUCAUCCGUGGACAAGCACUUAGGUUUUUUUCUAUUUCUUAGCAGAACAGAAGCUUCCUCCAGUACAGUGGAGGCCAGGAUCUAACCUGGACUGUACUCAUGAUAAAGUUUGUACAAUAUCCAGGUGAGAUAUGUUAUCAACCCCUUAGUUUUGCUUUUAAUACCAAAUUCAAGAAAAAUCAUUACAAAGACCAAUGUGAAUAGGUCCAUACAUUUUCUUCUUGAAAUUUUAUGCUUUCAGUGUUUGUUGUUUAAGUGUUUAAUCUAUUGGAGUUAAUAGUUUAAGAUACCAGUCCUAUUUUCUUAGUUAUUACAGAACUACUUAUUUAAAAAAUGAUAAUUUCUUUGUUGUAUAUUGUUGAAUUCUUUGUUAAAAAUAAAUUAAUUAUGUGUGCA